AUGGUUAGUGACUGUAAGAUACAAGUGAUGCUUGAUUCCGGGGCAACUGUAAAUAUCAUUGAUGAAACAACUUAUCAUAGACUGAGACAUAAGCCCUCACUCACUAAAUGCACAGUUCCCAUCUUUCCGUAUGGUUCAAGCACCCCACUGCCUACCCUGGGAGAAUUCACCUCACUGGUGGAAUCCAAAUCACGAUUCACAAACGCAACCUUCCAAGUACUGCAAGGCAGUAACGGCAGUUUACUUGGCUAUGACACUGUCAGUAAAUUGGGACUAAUCAAAGUUGCUAACACACUCCACACAGCUCCAGAACAGCCAGUGCAGUCACUACAGCCUAUGACAAUCUCAAACCAGACAGAGAUGAAUGCAAUAGAUGAUCUCCUCACUGAGUAUGGUGACCUCUUCUGUGGGAUGGGAAAAUUAAAAGACUUUCAAGUCAAGCUGCACAUAAAGAAAGACGUUCCUCCAGUCACACAACCUCACAGAAGAGUACUGUUCCAUAUCAGGAAGCGAAUUGAAGCUGAAUUACAACGUUUAGAGGAACUUGACAUCAUUGAAAAAGUGGAUGGGCCCACUCCAUGGGUUUCUCCAAUUGUUCCUGUUCCAAAGCCAAAAGACCCAGAAGCAGUGCGCAUUUGUGUGGACAUGAGGAUACCAAAUCAAGCCAUCGAGCGAGAACGACAUCUCACACCUACAGUAGAUGACAUAAUACAAGCGCUCAAUGGAGCCAGGUUCUUCUCAAAACUGGAUUUAAACUGUGGAUAUCAUCAGCUGGAACUGGAGCCAUCAUCACGAUAUAUCACAACAUUCUCCACUCAUGUAGGACUGCGACGUUAUAAAAGACUGAGUUUCGCAGUUUCCUCUGCAGCAGAGGUAUUUCAAAAUGCCAUUCAGCAAGCCCUGGAUGGUAUCCCAGGAGUCAUUAAUCUGAGUGAUGACAUUCUGGUGUUUGGUAGAACAAAAGCUAGUCAUGAUCAAGCUCUAAGGACAACAUUUCAACGACUUAAGGAGAAGAACCUGACUCUUAACAAGGCCAAAUGCUUUUACGCACAAAACACUUUAGAUUUCUUCGGAUACACAUUCUCAGAUGGCGGUUUCUCUCCUGAUCCCAAGAAAGUUCAGGCAUUACAUGAUGCUGCGGCCCCAACCAACGCCAGCGAGGUCCGCAGUCUUCUCAGCAUGGCAAACUACAGUGCCCGCUUCAUCAAAGAUUUUGCCACUAUAACUCAACCUUUGAGGGAACUUACAAAAAAACAUGUUCACUGGACUUGGACAGAGAAACAUCAGAAGUGCCUUGAUAAAAUGAAACAAAGUCUAACAAGUGAUGCUGUCAUGACCUAUACUGACCCUUACAAACUAACUGAACUGGUGGUUGAUGCAAGUCCUGUGGUUCUUGGGGCCGUGUUGGCACAGAGAAUGGGCCCACAUGAACCAGCCAGAGUGAUAAGCUAUGCAAGCAGAGCCUUGUCACUCAUUGAACAAAAGUAUUCACAAACUGAACACGAGGCUCUUGCCAUUGUGUGGGGCUGUGAACAUUUUCACAUGUAUCUUUAUGGGGCACCAUUCACCCUUGUCAGUGACCACAAACCUUUGGAAUGGAUUUUCAAUAAUCCCAAAUCCAAGCCGCCUGCUCGUAUAGAACGUUGGUGUCUACGUCUUCAGCCUUACAACUACACAGUCCGUUACAAGUCUGGCAAGGACAACCCAGCGAAUUAUAUGUCACGCCACCCCACACAUGUUUCACAUGGCUUUCAGGAAGUUUCUAACAUCGAACAACAAGUGGAAGAAUAUGUGAACUUCCUUACUGCAAACGCCGUCCCUAAGGCAAUGACAUUAACAGAAAUUCAGAAUGCAACCACAGCGGACCCCACUCUAUGCAAAUUCAUCCAAUUAAUCAAAGGAGGCUCAUGGGAGUGGUUUGAAAAACAGGAUUUUGCUGAUGGAGUUGAUGUUGCUGCAAUUAAAUCAUUCCAUAAAAUCAAAGAUGAACUGACAGUAACCGCAACUGAUGACACUGUACUGCAUGGCACAAAGAUUGUUAUCCCUCUUUCUUUACAAGUCAGGGCAAUAUCACUUGCACACGAAGGCCACCAGGGGUUAGUCAAAACAAAGAAACUGAUAAGGGAGAAAGUUUGGUUCCCUGGCAUUGACAGACAGGUAGAAAUCAUGAUAGCUGAGUGCAUCCCAUGUCAGGCCGUUGUGCCCAAUCACAUACAAGAACCUCUCUGCAUGUCUGAACUGCCUUCAUCACCAUGGGAAAUAGUUGUUGUAGACUUUUGUGGUCCGUUCCCCUCAGGUGAUUACCUUUUGGUGGUCAUUGAUGAAUACUCCAGAUAUCCAGAGGUGGAGAUUCUGCAGUCCACGUCAGCCAGAGCCACAAUUCCUAAAUUAGACAAAAUAUUCUCGACACUAGGAAUUCCGCUGGAGGUCAAAACAGAUAAUGGUCCACCCUUCCAAAGCUCAGAAUUUGCAGAUUUUGCAACGUAUCUAGGUUUCAGACAUAGGAAGAUUACUCCACUCUGGCCUCAGGCUAAUGCAGAGGCUGAACGCUUUAUGCGUACCCUUGAAAAGGCCAUAUGUGCUACACAUGUGGAAGGCCGCCCAUGGAAACAGACUCUAUACGCAUUCCUACGCAAUUACCAUGCCACGCCUCAUUGCUCCACUGGAAUGGCUCCUGCUGAUGUGCUGUUUGGGAGGCCCCUUCGAAUCAACCUACCCGGAUCUCCUCUUUCCUUCCAGUCUCUGACAGAUGUACCUCUACGACAAGUGGAUGCCCUGGCAAAGAACUUUAUGAAACAAAAUGCUGACUGGAUGCGACGUGCUGCUCCGGUGGCUCUGAGAGUGGGCGACGUAGUCUUGUGUCGUCAAAAGAAGGAAGGGAAGCUAUGCCCUACCUACAAUUCCCAGCCAUACAAGGUUAUUGCUGCUGAAGGUUCCAUGGUGACAGACAAACGCAAUAAUCAUGUCAUCACCAGAAAUUCAUCUCACUUCAAGACUCUACCAGAAAAUGCAAAUCACUUCUCUCAUUCGUGUGGUUUGAAGGUCAUGAGUGGUGGACGAGAUGCCAUGAACUGGACUGAAACUCUUCCGGAACAAACCCCAGAGGACUUAGCCCCUGACCCCCCUGGGUCACAGUCACCUGUUCUUAGAUACCCAGUCAAGAUGAAUAGAGGACCCCAUCACAACUCACUGAGGACUUAG